AUGGGUAGAGCUACAAUUAAAUCAGGUACUAUUAAUUUAUUAAACACAAUUAUAGGAGCAGGGAUCCUUGCUAUGCCAUAUGGAUUGAAAUCUAAUGGUUUAUUAUUAGGAUGCAUAUUAAUUGUUUGGUCAUCAUUGACUUCAUCAAUGGGAUUAUAUUUACAAAAUAAAGUAGCCAAAUAUACUGAUCAAAGAGGAGCAGUAUCAUAUUUUAGUUUGGCACAAUUGACAUAUCCUAAUUUAAGUAUUUUAUUUGAUAGUGCUAUAUCCAUUAAAUGUUUUGGUGUUGGAGUAAGUUAUCUUGUUGUUAUUGGAGAUUUAAUGCCAAAGAUUAUGGAAAGUAUUAAUGUUAAACCUGAUCUGAUUUUCAUGGCUAGAAAUUUUUGGAUUACUAUAUUUAUGGUUGUCAUUGUUACACCAUUGUCAUAUUUGAAAAAAUUGGAUUCUUUGAAAUAUACCAGUAUUUUAGCAUUAUUUUCAGUGGUUUAUUUGAUUUGCUUAGUUAUUGUUCAUUUUUUCGUUAAAGAUGUACCAGUUGAAGAUAAAGUUAUUGAUUAUAUUGGUCCAAUUUCAAUUAAAUCUACUUUAAGUUCAUUUCCAAUUUUUGUCUUUGCUUAUACUUGUCAUCAAAAUAUGUUUGCCAUUAUUAAUGAACUUAAACCAAGUGAUAAAGAUGGAUCACAAACUAGACAAUCCAAUUUAAUCAUUCGUAAUUCAAUCACUACUGCUUGUAUAUCAUACUUGGUAGUUGGUAUUUUUGGUUACUUAACAUUUGGAAAUUCCGUCAAUGCCAACAUUAUCACCAUGUAUCCUAAGAAUUCCAUUUCUUCAUUAAUCGGAAGAUUAUGUAUUGUUAUUAUGGUUAGUUUAUCAUUCCCAUUACAAUGUCAUCCAUGUAGAGGAUCAAUUAAUCAUGUUCUUCAUUUCUUAACCCAUGGUGUUCAAGAUUCAAAAAUGAGAUCUGUUGAAGUUAGUCGUCAAGGUUAUACAAGUUUAAGUUCAGAUAUUGAAAGUUUACAAAGCAUUGGAGAAACUUCAAGUGUUCAAGAUGAAUCAUUUAUUUCAACUACUCCAAUGGAAGGUGCUCAAGAUACAGAUGGUCAUGAUCCGAUUAUUGUUCCAUUAACUACUAAAAAAUUUUAUAUUAUAACUACUGUUAUUGUAAUUGCUUCUUAUCUUGUUGCCAUCAGUGUUAAAUCAUUAGCUCAUGUGUUGGCAUUUGUUGGAUCUACUGGUUCAACUUCAAUUUCAUUCAUAUUACCAGGUUUAUUUGGUUAUUUAUUAAUCAAACCAAUAAAUGGUGCCACUUCUUUGGAUACUUUAGAGAAGUUUUGUAAAUAUGGUGGAUUGGUUUUAGCAAUUUGGGGUGUUUUAGUCAUGAUUGUAUGUUUAAGUGCAACUAUCUUCUUGGGUGCAACUCAUUAG